AUGAUCCUCAAAGGUGGACCGAAUAUCACCAAGUCAGAAGCUGAGACGACGGAGUUUGUGUACGGCGUUGUACAGGAUGGCGACUCGACGUUCAUCUUCUUCGAGUAUAUCGAGGGCACGCCGCUGAACCACCUCUUCGACGAGCCCGACCCGGCCUUCGUCGACUCGAUCUGCCAGCAGCUCAGCCAGAUGCUCGACGAGUUGCACGCGCUCGCGGCGCCGCCAGGUACCGCCAUCGGCAGCCUCGACGGCAAUACUUUUGCCCUCUCUCCUCGUCAGGACAACACGGCUUUGCGCGAAAUCGGACUACCGACAACCUCAGCCGCUCUUAUCGACUACCUUCAUUCGCGCUACCUCACCUGCGAGAACCCCACCGAACAAGCCUGGCGCGAGGUAGAGGCGCACCUCGAUAUAUCCGCCCCGCUCGUCUUCAUCCACGGCGACAUCCACGAAGCGAACAUCCUCAUCGUGACUGGGCAAGACGGCUGCUCGAGGAUUGUCGGUCUCCUUGACUGGGAAAUGGCCGGGUAUUACCCCGAGUGGAUGGAGUAUCCCGCCGUGGAGCGCAGAGCCGAUGCCUGCACAAUGGCGACCGCCUUGAUGAAGACUGUCUGCGGACGCGCGACAGGCUUUUCUGACGACACGGUCGACUACGAGUGGAUUGCGGAUAUGCGCGGGGCGCUCUCUUCCUUUGAAUUUUGA